CCUGUCCGAGUCUUCUUGGCCAGACUCUUCCAAUCAGGACAUGGAUGCUGGAGUGGUGGCGUUUCGCCUGUCCUGGCUGCACGGUACUGUAAAUCGUCUUCGCAUAUACCGCGGUCGCAGGGCGGCUAUUUUGGAUGAAUUGUGACAAUGGAGCACAGCAGCUCAUAUAAUGCUUUGCCAGUUCCCACAACUCUCCCAUUGCACCACGAGAAAGGCGCAGUCCUCGCCAGAACAGCAGUCACUUCAUUACACAGGAACGGGCCUUGACGAUCGUUGCAUACUCCACAAUGGACAGACCUACCAAGGGCACGUUCAGACUCGCGGGACAAGAGUUUCCUGAAGUGACGUGGUACAAAGAUGCAGGCUUGCGGAAGACGUACAUCUGUCUGAUGUUCGUUGUCCUGACUUCGGCCACCAAUGGUUUCGACGGCAGUAUGGUCAACGGUCUGCAGUCGCUGGAAGUGUGGCAGGAUCAUUUCGGUCAUCCUAGAGGCUCGCUUCUGGGGCUUUUCGCCUGUAUCAUGUCCGUUGGUUCGCUCGUGGCCCUUCCAGUCGUGCCAUACACUGCCGAUAUUCUGGGACGGAGAUGGGGUAUCAUAAUUGGCUGCUUGAUCAUGCUUCUCGGUGUGGUGCUCCAGGGCAUUUCCAUCAACUUCCGAAUGUUCAUCGCCGCAAGAUUCUUCCUGGGCUUCGGUGUUGCGAUCGCACACGGUGCCAGUCCCCUUCUGAUCACUGAGCUGGUACACCCACAGCAUCGCGCAAUCUUCACGACCAUCUACAACACGACCUGGUAUGCUGGAUCGAUUGUCGCGGCAUGGUCAACAUACGGCACGAACCACAUCAACAACAACUGGUCAUGGAGAAUCCCAUCAAUCCUUCAAGCCGCUCCCUCCCUGAUUCAGCUUGCUUUCAUUAUGUUCGUUCCAGAGUCACCACGUUUUCUGAUCUCUAAAGGCCGGACAGAAGAGGCACACCAGACUCUGGCCAAAGUCCACGCCAACGGCAACUUGGAGGACGAAGUUGUCCUGAUUGAGCUGCAAGAGAUCAAGGAUACAAUCGUUCUCGAGAAGGAAAUCGAAGGCAAUGGCUGGCUGCAGCUGUUCAAGACUCCAGGAAACCGCCGCAGACUGAUCAUUCUCCUGACUCUUGGUCUUUUCUCCCAAUGGAGCGGCAACGGUCUGGCUUCUUACUAUCUCAACCUGGUCCUCAAUCAAAUCGGCAUCACAGAUGGUGACACGCAGCUUGUGAUCAAUGGAUGUCUCCAAAUCAUGAACCUGAUCGUUGCCAUUGGACAGUGCUUCGUGGUUGAUCUAGUCGGUCGUCGGACUUUGUUCCUGGUCUCCACAUCUGGUAUGUUGGUCGCUUUCACCAUUUGGACCGCCUGCGCCGGUACUUUCGCGAACACCGGUGCGCAAGGAGCUGGCAACACUGUCAUCGCCAUGGUCUUCCUCUACUACGUCUUCUACAACCUGGCCUGGUCUGGAAUGUUGGUCAGCUACUCAGCCGAGAUCCUGCCGUACAACAUUCGCGCCAAGGGAAUGACGCUCAUGUUCUUGAUGGUCGACGUCGCCCUCUUCUUCAAUCAGUACGUCAAUCCCGUCGCUAUCGACGGCAUUGGCUGGAAGUACUACAUCGUCUACUGCGUUUGGCUGGCAAUCGAGCUCGCAGUCGUGUACUUCUUCUACAUCGAGACUCGCUACACCCCACUCGAGGAAAUUGCCAAGCACUUCGAUGGCGAUGCGGCUGUUGUUGGUGGUGCUGCGGCCACGGAGAAGGGCAGAGUUCUUGCUGCAGAGAUGGGUGGUCUGGAUACUGUUGGCCAUGGCAAGACUUCGUACGAAGUGGAGCACAAGGAGCUUUAGAUGCAGUGCGUACGUACAUGACUAGUAGUGAGUUCAAUGACAUGCAAUUCUUGCAAACCCCUCC